ACCCACAAUCCGGUCCUCCCGCAGCGUCACUUCCGGUAGGAUUGUUUGCACCUCGCGCAUCAACCUACUAGCCGUCCGUCAUAUCUCCAGGUUCGGUGAAGGUUUUACACUGAGCAGGCAGCCAUGGCCAACCAACAGAUGGAUAUCUUAUCAGCGGUUUUGGAGCAGUCGGCCAAGCUGAUGGAGGAGCAGGUGGAUGCACAGUUGAGCAAACUGAGUGAAAUGGAUGAAGAUGAAUUGGAUAGACUGAAGGAACGGCGGUUGGACGCACUCAAAAAAGCCCAGAAACAGAAGCAGGAGUGGUUGUCUAAAGGCCAUGGGGAGUACAGAGAAAUCUCAAGUGAGAAGGACUUUUUCGGCGAGGUGAAGGAAAGCAAGAAUGCCGUCUGCCACUUCUACAGAAGUUCCACCUUCAGAUGUAAGAUCAUCGACAAACAUCUGACCAUCUUGGCAAAGAAGCACGUUGAGACCAAAUUUAUCAAACUGAAUGUAGAAAAGGCCCCAUUUCUGACGGAGAGGCUGCGCAUCAAGACCAUUCCCACUCUGGCUUUGCUGAUAGAUGGAAAAACAAAGGACUACGUGGUUGGAUUCACUGACCUGGGAAACACAGAUGACUUUUCCACAGAGAUGCUUGAGUGGAGGCUUGGCUGUUCAGGUGUUAUUAACUACAGUGGUAACCUGAUGGAUGCCCCCACAGCAGGGAAGAAGUCCGGCUCAAAGAUUACGAAAGUGGAGAAGAAAACCAUCAGAGGCCGAAGUAACGACUCUGAUUCUGAUUCUGGAGACGACUGAAAUGCGCUGAUGCUCGUCUGGUUUUCUCUCGGGGCUACAUCUUAAAAAUCAAAUGUCCAGCAGACAGCCCGCAUUAAAUUGUAGAGGAUAUGUUUCACUGAGCCACUGCUCCAGUCAUCUAUCGCAUGUCUCUUAGCCUCACUGUGUUGCUGUUGAUGUUGUCUUUACUUUCAGAAUUCAGAAAGUUUUCUCUUGAAUUACAGGUGUGCUCAUUUAGUUUUUCCCCUGUUUAUUUCAUGUGUUUUCUUGUAACUGUGUCUCAUGUUAGAAUAGAAACCAUUAAUAAGAGUAAGUCAUUGGAGUGCCAUGAUUAUCUUUCAGCAUCAGAUCACAUUUUCACACGUGGCAUUUCCUUGUAGCAAGAGUCUCAACCAAUCCAGAGUUAAUAAAAAGUGUAAAAGGAA